AUGUCAUCAGAUUUCCUAAUAUACACCCACCAAUUUCUAUCUCAGAUCUCUUACUUAAACUGAUCACAUAAAAAAUUAAGAACAAAAUUAGAAGAAAUUCAUAGUGAGGAUAGACAGAUGAGAAAUUCUGGAAAGCUCAUUGUUCUAGGUUUCUCGUAAUCUUUUUAGAAUCUUUUAAUUUUGAAUGUUUCAGCUAGUAACCGAUCUUGUCCUCUUAAUGUUUUAUCUUCUAUUAUGAUGCUAUUGAAGUGCGAGGAGAAAUAGCGCAGUCUAUGAUCAUCUCAGAAGCGACUUGCCCCGGUUGAUAUAUUGUUUGCUUACAAGUUUUUAGCUCUUGUUAGUAGUAGUGUGAUUGAAAUGGGUUACAUUUGUGAUUUCUGUGGGGAACAACCACCGAUAGUAUAUUGCCGGUCUGAUGCCGCCUGUUUAUGCUUGUCUUGCGAUCGAAAUGUCCAUUCGGCUAAUGCACUGUCGAAACGCCAUUCGAGAACAUUGUUGUGUGAGAGAUGCAAUUCACAACCUGCUUUUGUUAGAUGUGAAGAAGAAAGUGUAUCGCUCUGUCAGAAUUGUGAUUUGAUUGGAAACGGUGCCUCUACCUCAAAUUCGACACAUAAGAGGCAAACAGUUAAUUCUUACUCUGGUUGCCCGUCAUCUGCCGAACUUUCUUCCAUACUGUCGUUUUUCUCACAAUCCUCUUCAGCAGUUGAAUCUACCUGUGAGCAGGAAUUAGGGCAAAUGAGUAUCACUGAGAACAUAGAGAGGACUUCAUGGUGUCUUAUUGAAAAUACCAUCAGCCAUAUUGAUACUGGUGUUGCUGAAACCAAUCAUGAUCACAUUGUGGAUAGAGAAAGUACUUGGGGUGCGUCAUGCAUUCCUGAAUUCGGAUCUGCACUACCAUUUCUUGGUCAGCCAGCUGGGACAACAGAUGCAUUGUUAACCAAGUUCUCUUGCCCUCAAACAAAGUAUCCUGGACUUUGUGAAGACGAUCUGUAUGAUGACUUCAAUAUGGAUGAAAUUGAUUUGAACCUUGAAAAAUAUGAAGAACUCUUUGGGGCAACUCUCAAUCAUUCGGAAGAGCUUUUUGAGAAUUGUGGAAUUGAUAGCUUAUUUGGGGCUAACGAUAUGUCUGCUACUGAUUCCAACCGUCAGGGUGGAGUGGCUGCUGAGGGCUCAUCUCAUGGAUUGGUGAAUUCCAUCAAGCCAGCAUGCAGCAAUGCAGCAUCUGCUGAUUCCAUGUUGAGCAGUAAAACGGAUUUGAUUUUGUAUUUUUCGGCAAGGAAGGACCAUUCAAGCUUCUCCUUUUCUGGCCUCACUGGAGAGACUAGCGGAGGAGAUUAUCAAGAUUGUGGGGCUUCGUCAAUACUUCUCAUGGGAGAGCCCUCUUGGUGUUCUCCAUCUGCUGAGGGCCCCUUCCCAUCAGCUACUCGAAGUGAUGCAGUCAUGCGUUACAAGGAAAAGAAGAAGACACGGAAGUUUGAAAAGCGAGUAAGAUAUGCCACUCGCAAAGCAAGGGCUGAUGUGCGAAAGCGCGAGAAAGGACGCUUUGUCAAAGCUGGCGAUGCCUAUGAUUAUGAUCCACUGAACCCAACUCGAAGCUGCUGAGAGUGCAAUCUUUUAACCAUGCUUAGAACAAGGCAAGAAAUGCCGAAUGUUAGUUGGAUACAGAAAAUGCCAUGAAUAAAUUGGCUGAGCCUGGUUGUCCACCACCAUAAAAUAUCCAUGGAUUACGGCGGCAUCAUUCGCCUUGACCGCCAUAUUACACUCUAGCAAGUUUACCUGCUCAAAUUCUUUUGUUUUUUUAGCGUUUCUGUUGCCAUUGCCAUUGUCUCGUGCUUGCUCGACCAAAGUCUUGGCACGUGACACCAUGCCAUGCUAAGAAGUCUCAAUUGACGCUGUCAAGUGACGUGCAAAUGAGCAUGCAGCUGUAAUUUUGCACUUUAUUUUUUAUUUGUUUAUCCUAAUGACGUGUAUAGCCAUUAGAUAUCUGCAGUUGAGAGACAAGAACCACGCAAUUGUAAUAUUUCUCUUCUGGUGUACAGAAAAGCUUUAAUCAUAUG